AUGAAUAAGACAAGGGCUGUUAAUGAUGGUCUUCCUUUCCUGAACAGUAAGAACUGGAGCUCAAAUCGAAGCUUCCCCAUUCACAUUUCUAAUCAGUGUAGGAACAUUACUGACCUUACUGUCUUUCUAGCCACCUCUUACAGCUUGGAGACUGUCCUAGGCAUUGUGGGAAACAUCUGUCUGAUUGCUGUCAUUGCCAGGCAAAAGGAAAAGGCCAAUGUCACCAACAUUCUAAUUUCCAACUUAAUACUUUCAGACUUGUUUAUGUGUCUUGUCUGUCUGCCUUUCACUGUUGUUUACACCAUGAUGGACUACUGGAUGUUUGGGGAAGUCAUGUGCAAAAUGACCUCUUUCACUCAGUGCGCAUCUGUGACAGUGUCAAUUCUUUCUCUUGUCCUUAUUGCUCUGGAAAGACACCAGCUCAUCAUAAACCCAACUGGCUGGAGGCCAAGUAUCUCCCAAGCCUAUCUAGGAAUUGGAGUAAUUUGGGUUUUAGCAUGUCUCAUGUCCCUGCCCUUUUUGACCACAUCCAUCUUGUCUAAUGAUUUGUAUAAGCAGCUCUCACACAUCAUGAAUUUUUCCACUGACAAGGCUAUAUGCAUCGACUCGUGGCCUUCUGAGCAACACAGACUUAUCUACACUACCACUUUACUGCUCUUGCAAUAUUGCAUCCCGCUGUUCUUCAUUAUACUUUGCUACUUGCGUAUCUACUUACGUCUGCAGAAGAGAAAGGACAUGUUUGAGAAGAGUGAAUACAGCAACCGAGCAGUCCAGCUGAGAAGGAUAAAUAUUUUGUUAGCAUCCAUGGUUGCUGCUUUUGCUGUUUGCUGGCUACCGCUGCAUGUGUUCAACACUAUUGUAGACUGGAAUUACAAGAUUAUUUCACCUUGCCACCACAAUCUGAUCUUCUCGUUGUGCCACCUGGUAGCUAUGGCUUCUACCUGUGUGAAUCCUGUUAUCUAUGGUUUCCUAAAUAGCAACUUCAAAAAAGAAGUGAAGUCACUGAUUCUGAGCUGCCAGCAUAAUUCAGUCACUGCAUCAAUGGAAGAAUAUGAUCAUUUGCCAUUAUCCACCAUGCAGACUGAAAUUUCCAAGGGCUCGCUGGUGUUGAACUGCCGACAUAAUUCUAUCUAG